AAUAUUCAUUUGAAAAAGUAUUUGUAGUCGUUAAUAUCAAAAUCAAACAUCAGGUUGUGAUCUAUUAUGUGACGUGCCAUUCAAAAAAAUCAUUAUGAAAAUCAUUGAAGGAAAAUUAGUUGUUCUUGGUUCUCAAGGUGUUGGGAAAACUAGUAUGAUAACUCGAUAUGCUGGAAAAUUAUUCGAUCAGCAUAUAAGUCCAACAAUAGGAGCCUCAUUUUUCACUUGCAACAUUAACAUAAAUGAUGCCAGAAUUAAAUUGCAAGUUUGGGACACAGCGGGUCAAGAACGCUUCCGAUCAAUGGCACCAAUGUAUUAUAGAAAAGCGAACGCUGCACUCAUUGUUUUUGAUAUCACACAGUACAACACUUUCACUGCAGUAAAAUCAUGGGUCACUGAAUUGCAGAGGAAUGUAGAGGACGCGAUGGUUCUAGUUGUUGUAGGGAAUAAGCAUGAUCUUGAUGAUCAACGUCGAGUUGACUCCGAUGAUGCGUUAAAGUAUGCUACUUUAAUUGGUGCUACUUAUUUUGAAACUUCAGCUCUACAUGAUGAAGGCAUUGAAAAAGUCUUCAGUACAAUUGCUCAUGGAAUCUUAAGGUUAAAUAGCGGAAAUUACCACUCAUCAAACUCAAAACUUCAAGACUCUCCCAGUUCUGGGAUAAGUAGUUUUGAUUCAGACUUACCUCUGACGCCAUCAAGUGAAGAGACUCUCAAUAAUACAUCAAUUGCUCAUGGAAUACAUGAAAAACCACCAGCAUGUUGUUAACAUCGCUUGUAAAAACACAAAAAGCUGCUCAUUUAAUUGUUGUAUUUAAUACUGACUAAUUAUGUUAUAUUAGUAAAAAAUUACCUACUUUUAUUAAUCUAGAAACAAGCACAAUCAAGACUGCUAGUGCGUUUUCUCAUUGUGUAAAGUCUAUCGAAUUAUUUUUCUAUGAAUUUAUCUUUAAUAAAAGAUUAAAACAAUAUCUCAUUAUAAAUAUUACAGAGAUAAUAUAUGAAAGAAUAAUAUUUCUGUCAGUCUUCCAAAAACUGUAAUAAUGCUGGUACGUUAAUGAAGCUAUUAGAAUUCAUUACUUUAUACUUAACACAAAUUAAUUUAUAAUUUUCUUUGUUUUUAUAAUCUAAUAUUCAGUUUUUAUAUAAUU